AUGCCGAUACCCGUUGACAGGCAAACCAGCCCCACCGGCUCUGGACCAGGGUCUGCAGAACAACUAUCAAGUCAAGAUCCAGAAAAAGCAAUCGCCAAAGAUGCCGAGCCAGUACAUAAACAAUACUCCGCAUUUACAGUCACUGAAAAGAAGGUAAUGGUCUCUGUUGGGUCUCUUGCGGCAUUCUUCUCGCCCUUAUCAUCGAGCAUAUACUUCCCUGCUUUGGACACAAUCGCCGCAGCUCUUGACGAGACUACCUCGAGGAUAGACAUUACCGUGACCACAUACUUGAUCCUGCAAGGCGUUGCACCAAUGUUUAUUGCCGGAUUUUCAGAUACUGCCGGACGACGUCCAGCGUACAUGAUCUGUUUUACAAUCUACCUCCUUGCAAAUCUCGGCCUCGGACUGCAAAAUAGCUAUGUUGCACUAUUACUGCUGCGCAUGCUUCAAAGUGCUGGUAGUAGUGGUACUGUGGCACUAGCCAAUGGCCUGGUAGGAGAUAUGGUCACAUCCGCAGAGCGAGGCCAUUACAUCGCAUUUGCCUCCCUUGGAAGUAUGCUGGGACCUUCUCUUUCUCCAGUUCUAGGUGGCUUGAUAAGCCAAUAUCUCAACUGGCAUUGGAUCUUCUGGUUCCUUCUCAUUUUUGGCGGCACCUUUUUCCUCUGCCUUGCACUUUUCCUUCCAGAGACGUGUCGGAAAGUCGUUGGAGAUGGAUCGGUUCCACCACCACCUCUGAAUAACUCAGUAACCGAUAUCAUUCGGCAUAAGCGACAGAUGAAGAAUGGCAUCAACCCAGAUCCUGAACAAAUUGCUGAGGUUCGAAAGAACUAUAAGUUACAGAUCCCUUCGCCUUGGCCAACUCUAAGAGUCUGCCUUGAUUUGGAAACAUCUUUAAUCCUGUUAACAACUGGAUUGAUGUUCGCAUGCUUUUAUGCUGUUAUGACCGGUGCCACAACCUCGUUCCAUGAAGUAUACCAUUUCAACAAUAUCGAAAGCGGGUUAAUGUACCUCCCUAUAGGUGCAGGUGGUGUUGGUUCCGCCUUUACAACCGGACGUAUCGUGGAUUGGAACUAUCGACGCCACGCCAAGCGCGCCGGGAUUCCUGUUCUGAAAGGUGUUCGACAAGAUCUUCGUAACUUCAAUAUCGAGAGGGCCCGAUUGGAAGUUGCACUGCCGUUGUACUAUUUGAGUCUUGCGUCAGUCAUUGCCUAUGGAUGGGUCUUGGGCCAUAAGGUCAAUCUGGCUGCCCCUAUCAUUCUCCUGUUCAUUGCAGGAUGGUCGUUGAUGGGGACAUCUCAGGUUUUGAAUGCCUUAAUGGUUGACAUCUGGCCUGGAAAGUCGGCAUCCGCGACCGCAGCGAACAACCUUUUUCGGUGUGAGCUAGGUGCUGCAUCGUCUGCUGCAAUCAGUCCGAUGAUCCGGGCUAUGGGAUCGGGCUGGGCUUAUACAACUCUUGCGUUGAUCGCCUUUGCAGCAUCACCCUGUUUUUGGCUCAUGAUGUCACACGGAAUGAAAUGGCGUCAAAAGAGGCUGGGGAAGAAGGAGGAGAAGUCUGUGGCUGAAGCCACUUUGAACGGAAAUAAAAAUUGA